AACAGUUUUCUGACAGUUACUGUAGGAUUAGAUGCUGCAUCACCAGCACCACAACAAGACCUACAGCUUCACUUCAAUGGAUGCCUCCUCACCCUGACCUGAAAGCCUCUGCUUGAAUUUUCAGUUUUCUUACCACUGUCAGUGUAGGCUUACAUACCUCCAGAUUUAAAAAAAAAAAAAAAAAUACCACAAAAAUUGCUGCUGUGUUUUGACCUUUUAGUAUAAAACUGACACAAAAACAAUGACAGAAGGGAACAAUAUGCAGGAGGAUGCAGCGGGCAAGGAUGAGAUGCCCGCCGACGUGCCAGCAGAGGAGAAGCGGUCGGAGGAGGAGGAGGAGAAGAGGGAGAACGGGGACAGCAAAGUGAGCGUCCCGGAGCAAGCUGCAGGAGCGGAGGAGGCCGAGUUUGUGCACCCGGAGGGCGGCUGGGGGUGGGUUGUCAUGCUGGCUGCCAUGUGGUGUAACGGCUCGGUGUUCGGGAUCCAGAACGCCUUCGGUAUACUCUUCCUCUCCCUCCUCCGGGAGUUUGGCUCCGAGGACGAUGAAGACCUCCGCUUCAAGACAGCGUGGGUGGGCUCCCUCUCCAUGGGGAUGAUCUUCUUCUGCUCUCCCAUCGUCAGCGUCUUCACCGACAUCCUCGGCUGCAGAGUUACUGCGGUUGGCGGUGCUGCUGUCGGCCUGGUUGGCCUCCUGGCCAGCUCCUUUGUGACGUCCCUGGGCCCCAUGUACUUCACCUAUGGCAUCGUGUUUGCCUGCGGCUGCUCUUUCGCCUACCAGCCCAGCCUGGUGAUCUUGGGUCAUUACUUCAAGACACGCCUGGGCCUGGUGAACGGCAUCGUGACAGCCGGCAGCAGCAUCUUCACCGUCACCCUGCCCUUCAUGCUGUCAGGCCUGCUGGAGAAAGUGGGCCUCCAGAACACCAUGCGCCUCCUCUGCAUCCUCAUGUUUGUGCUGAUGUUGGCAGGCUUCACCUACAGGCCCCUGCUGCCAGUCAAACCUGGUAACACCCGCACAGGCAGCCAGGUCCCACCCAUGAGCCAGAUCUUCAACCUCAACAUCUGGAGGUCUUUGGGAUAUCGCAUAUGGGCAUUCGGCAUCCCAGCAGCUCUUUAUGGCUACUUCGUGCCUUACGUUCACCUGAUGAAACAUGUGGAGGAGCGUUUUGGAAAAGACGCCAAUAAAGAGGUUCUGCUCAUGUGUAUUGGCAUCACAUCCGGUGUGGGCCGUCUCAUCUUUGGCAGGGUGGCGGACUACGUUCAGGGAGUCAACAAAGUCUACCUGCAGGUGACUUCCUUCCUCGUCAUUGGCCUGAUGUCCAUGAUGAUCCCUCUGUGCCACAUCUUUGGGGGGCUGAUCGCUGUGUGCCUGCUGAUGGGGCUGUUUGACGGCUGCUUCAUCUGCAUCAUGGCCCCCAUCGCCUUUGAGCUGGUCGGCGCCAAAGAUGUGUCCCAGGCCAUCGGCUUCCUGUUGGGCCUGAUGUCAGUGCCCAUGACUGUGGGGCCUCCCAUCGCAGGUUUCCUGAGGGACAGACUGGGCAGCUACGACGUAGCCUUCUACCUGGCAGGUAUACCCCCGAUUGUCGGAGGAGCCGUGCUGUGUCUGAUUCCCUGGGUGGAGGCCAGGCGCAAGAGGAGAGAGAAAGAAGAGGCCCUCAGCAAGGAACAGGACGUCACCCAGAAGAUGAUAGAGCUUGAGAAGUCUCCGGUAGACGCACCGUGCAAAACUGGAGAGUCUGUCCUCUAAGUGCCCCGCUGAACAAACUGACACACGGGGUCAGACUGAGACUGCUGACCAGCAGCAUGGAGAUACAGUAUGUGUGUGAAUAGCCAAGAUUGUAAUGACUGCCUUCAGUAAAAGAAUGUCGGAAAAUGCCAAAGUGAUGAAACAUAUCAGAUACAGUGACAGGCUGAAGUACAGUUUAAGAUGAAUGUGAUCCUGAAGAACUAUGCAUUAGAUUGUUGAAAUUAGACUGAACUAAUCUUACAGCACAGCAGGCAAACUUGAAGUUUAAAAUGAAAAUGUACAUUUCAUAUUUGUCACAAGGGAAAGAAGACAUGCUGUACUUAAUAUGGAUACAGUGUGAAAGCUGCACAUUCACAAUCUUUAGCUUGUGUCACUUCCAAAGAUGGACAAACAUUAUUAUUUACAAUCAGUUUUCAACACUACCAUAUAUUUUAGAUUUAGACAAAGAACACAUAUUGGAUUAUACAGGAAAUGAAAACAGUUGUGUGGGAACAUAACCUGAUUUAGCCUACAUCAACAUCUUUGUUUUGCGUCAGUGCAAAGCAAACUGGUCUGCUAAAGAUCUCUAUGGAAACCUGCCAUCUUUAUCGUUGUCCCCAGUUUGCCCUCAGACAGGAUUCUUCUGUUAAAACAGUCUUAAAACAUGGCAAAAAUGUAAACCUGGGGAUAUCUGUUGAUAGUGUUUUAAAGGGACAUAUAGUAUCACUUCAGAGAAGUGCUCUGAGUUCAGGAGGUCAUUAUAAAUAUUCGUUAUGAACCUCUGGGAUCAUCUGAUCUGUAAAGGUGCUCAGACACUUCAAAGGAAGAAGCUUUAAGCACAAUGACGACAUCAUCUCAAGACCAGCAGCUCUGUCCCCAGGAUGCAUCCAGGAAAUCUUAUCUUUUUACAGCGGACUGCACUCAAGGCUGGAUUACCAACUGGGCCCUGAGGACCCAGGUUCACCAUGUCGCAAUCAGCUUGUGGUAAUUAAUUGCGUAUUUGUUUGGUAUAACUGUGUACACCACUAACGCACAAUAUAAACUGAAAGUGUAGGGACCUUUAAAGGACACCUGCAUUAUUACAUAAUCUUGAGGUCCUGUCAUGGAGAGGGGCCCUCAGUUAAAUUUCUAAAUAUAAGGUCUUUAUUAUUUCAGUUUACAUUGAGCUUACAUGGUGUAUAUUCUUAAGUAAAACUGUGGUUAAUCAAAUCACCACAAACUUAUUAUUAAUUAUUACUAAUAUAUGCAAAAUUCACAUAGUAGGAGAGAUGAUCAGUAGAGGUUUAGUCUAGCCCUGACCGUACUGUGACUGAUUCAUGCUUUGAAGCCUUGUCAGUGUUUCAUAUUAAUAUCAUUAAAGGAAUAGUUCAACAUUUUUGGAAAAAAGCUUAGUCACUUAAAUGAGAAGACACUCUCACAUCUGUCCGUUAAAUACAAGGCUACAGCUAGCAGCUGGUUAAUUUAGCUUAGCAUAAAGGCUGGAAACACCUAUCCGAAGAUAACAAAAUUGCACUACCAGCACCUCUGAAGCUUGUUAACCAACGCUUUGUAUCUCGUUUAAAAAAGAAAAAACAAAGACACUUUGGGGAGGGGGUGGGGGGGUUUGUGGCUACCAAUUUCUUGGCCAGGUGUAAUAUCUUCCUGGAGUUUUGUGAGCGUAUUUCCCAAAAUGUUAAACUAUUCCUUUAACACCAUCAUUUAGCCAGCAUGAGUACACCUGUUUUCAACUAUGAACCUAGAUAUUGAUUGAUAAGGAACAUAUUAACAUUGUGUUUGUGUACAUUAGUAACUGACAGUAGUAUUGACAUUAAGCAGUAUUUCUUUUAACAACAAACAGUAGUGAGUUUUUAAAUUUGUUCUUUUUCCUCUGUAUUUUGGUCCAACAAUUUCGGAAUACGCUUUCAUUGUACAACAUGAAUUUACCAUGUGUUGAUGACUCUGGUUAAAGUGGAAUAAUCUGAGUUUCCUCCUCGUAUAUAAAGAAAGUUUGCCCAGUAACUGACGAGGUCCAGGUCAUAAAACAACCGUCACCAUGUCAACCACAGAUCAUCUGCUUGGAUGGAUGAUCUCUUUAAAAGGACCAAAAAAAAUACUAAACACUGGCACACAUGUACUUUCUCACCACAUAAUAGAAAAGUAAUAACAGGCUAUUACACAUUUACCUACAGUAUCUUAUCAUUUGAGACUAAGUCUCCUCUAUUUGAAAUGAAGCUGAGGACAUAAGUUUGACUAAUCAUUGACUAUGUGACCGUAGGUCAAGUUAAGUCAAGUCAAUCAUUAACUCUGUGCCCAGUUCAUUAACCUUCAGUAGAAAGGUGUUUGUUUAACGUUUUCAUAUUGUAUUUAUUUUUUUGUUUUGUGGAGAAUGUCAUGCUGUAAUUCAUGGGCAUUUGCCUAAAGUCUUGAUUUCAUUCACUGAAGACCAAAUGUGCUGAAAUGAAGUGUGUUCAUCCUGUCUGCUUGCUGUCAUAUGCCUCCCUUAAGCCUACAGGUAGUGUAAGUGAACCAUCUGAAUACAUUAGUAAGUCCCUCAUCAAUCCGUCACCGUAGACAGUGACAGACUGCUUUUUAUAUAAAGCUCAGACCUGCUGCUCUGGCAGUGAAAGAUUUCAACUGCACAAUCCCUGUGACAACACGCAGACAUCUUUCUCUCAAACAUUGAACUGCUGUGGGUCAAUGAUUUUUCCUCUGCAGACCUGUGACACACUCUACCUCAGAUGUUGUGAAAAAGUAGAGCUCUGCCCUCAUCUGGACUACCCUGUCAUGUCUGUUCCUACAUCAGAGGCAGUGUUCAUGUUUGAGCAGUGUGUCUGCGAGAGAAAUGCGAAUAAACUGCAGAGUCUUAGAAAAUGAUCUAGCUGUCCAAAGUUUUGCUCUUUUGCUCAGAACCAGAAAUGCCUUUUUUUUUACCCAACAAGUGUGAGAAACCUCUGCAGCGUUUACAUCUUUUAACGUCUUUAAAUAUAUAUAUUUUUAUUAUGACUACUUAACAUCCAUUGCCUCUCAAUUUAAGCCCAGCAUUUCCAUGGCAAGAGUGACUGCUUAUAACUGACUUUAGUUUUUUUAGAUUGUUUUUCCUACCAUUAUACUGCUAUUCACCAAUGAGAGCCUCAAGUAACUUCUUGUUCAAGAAAUUACUUAAUUUGUACCUCUGAGUUUUUAUUGUAAAUCUCUUCGCCAUACACACAUUUAAAUGUUUUAUUAUACUUAAUCAUCAUUUUCACUCACUAAUUUAAUUUAGUUAUUGCUUCAUAUCUGCUUCUUGAAAUAAUCUGCACCAUCCAAAGAGACAAUUUGAAAAAAUUGCAUUUUUACAAUGUAUUCUUAUCUAAUAAUGACUUUAGACCAAUUGUUUAGACAAACUGCUUUAUAAAAUUAACUUGACUUUACAUACAAAGUGUUUUCUGUCUUAACUGUGUCUUCAGACACUUAUUGUGGUACAUGAGCUUCCUGCUCCAUGUUUGGAGGCUUUGUCUGCCCUGAUGUUUAUAGCAUUUUAUAGCUUAUUUGCUGUUUUAAUUUUGAAUCUCUCACAUCACAUCUAACCACUUAUAUUAAGAAUAUCUGUAUACAUGUAUGCACUUAGUGUUAGCUGCAAAUACAGAUACAUCUUAUGUAAAACUACAUCUUUGCUACUUUCAUCUUAUUUACAUUUUUUUUUUUUGCAUAAUUUUUGUCUUAGUUUUCCAUCUCCCUAAUGCUGAGUUUUGAUUUGUAUCGUUUGCUCUGUGUUGCAUGUGAUUGAUAAUUCAUAUCUCAUGAGUCACACUAAGUGUUUUCUACUUAAAAUAUCAGUUUGCUAUAUAUCCUAUCUGCUGCAGGAAGUGCAGUAAACUACAGUGUAUGCAAUGUAACGCUAUGUAAACAAUCAGAUUUCAUCAUUUCUGAGACAGUAAAAAAAAAGAUGUUUAAAUUUUCA